UAGAAAGUACAGUAUUUGGCUUUCGUUGUUAGAAUCUAAGCUUUAUGUAGCAUUGGGUGUUAAAGAAAGGGUUGUGCGAAAGCCCAAUAAAAUAAAGCAUUUGUGCUAUAUAACUGUCUUUAAAGUAUAAAAUGGCAAAGACAAUAAGAACAUUUUGUGACUUUCUAAAUGGGAAAAGUUUAGAGGUUGACAGUAAACUGUCAGAAUAUGGCUCAUAUGUGGACGACUGGUACGAUGGUUUAACAGGAAGGAAGAAAUACAAACUGGAAGUAACCCUGAAGUUUCCACUGGUUGUGAUUAUGUAUCUCUGGAUGAAUGGCAUUGCUCCUUACUAUAACAACUGGCUUCUAGAUGCACCUUUCCUCAUCGUUAGAUAUCUAGGACUCUUCGUGAUCUUGGUCAGGUUUAUAUCCAGUUUCGAGAACCUCUUUCCAUUCUACGUUGCAACGUGUACAGUUUAUGUAUCAUCCGUUGUUUCCCAAUACGUGUACUGGAUUUCCCGAAGUGCAGCGGAGGAAGCGUGCUUUCCAGAAGCGUUUGGACCUUGCUGGAGCGCCGGAGAUCAUCUAUGGAUCCCUACCACGUUUGCAAUCGUUGUUCGGGUAUUGUGUAUGUUUCAGCUAUUGCACGACGCCGAUGAUGCAGUCUUAAUGGUUGUUCCUUUGGUUUCAAGUUUAAUAACCCUGCUUAUGAGUUUGACAUCCUGGUAUAUUGUAGCUGAAGUAGACUACCUGACUAACGGCUUCUUCUUGAUCAUCUCACUUGUAAUAAUAAUUUUGCGAUGCGAAGAAAAUGAAAAAUCGAGUGUUUACAAAAAGCUACUUAAACUGCGUGGCCAGUUAGAAAGAGAAGAAGACAGUGAAAGAAGAACACGUGUUAAUGAUCUUUUGGAAUACUAUGAGAUGAAAAAGCAAAGAAUUGAUGCCAACAACUGGAAUGUUAGACUAACAAAGGACGUUUCCGAUCUAAUAACCGCAAUUUUUACCAUUUUUAGUAUGAUGAGCAUCCUCAUGAACCUAUCUACACGCCUUUGGUCUUUGCUUUAUAAUUCUGAUAAAACUUAUUUAGAACUGAAUAAUUUGAUUGAACCUAUUUUCUCUUCUCUGUCAGAGAGUUCCAACAAUUGUAUAACGUUCAUUGGAUUGGCGUUUGUGUUUGGAAAAUUGUCCCAUAUAUUAAUAUAUGCUAUUAACACAUUUCUGAAUGUAGCACAACCUAACUUUGAUAACUUACGUUAUCAGGUAGAAAUUUUCUUUAUGUUAGUUAGCGUCGAGGGAGGUAUAAUUUCUGUUGAUUCAAAAACAAGGGAAAGAAAUUUAGAGGGUGUUCUGUUGAUGACGAUGUUUCAAAUUUUCUUGCAUACGCUUGGCAGAGUAGAAAAUGAAAUUCUUGCCCUCGCAAACGCAGGAGGAAGAACAUCGCCUAUGCGCCUUGUAAAACUUGGACUGGUCUUAGCAACCAUAACUAUAGGACCGACAUUUUUUGUCACCACACAUGCCACACCGGCUUUACAUGUCAAUGUUUGGCAUCUGUUCAAUCUCACCGGAAAUCUUACCUUAUUAGUGAGGGUAUUUUUCUUGCUUUUGGAAUGUUUCUUGCUUUGGAUUUCAUGGCAUUUAACUCAGUUAAACGACAACAUCCAAAGAGUGUUGAAUAUUGUCCGGGUGAUAAAAGGAAUUUCAAUGUUGACGUCGAAUCUUCUGAUGACAUACUAUCGCUUGAUGGCCCCCUUUUUGGUGGCAUUCUUCUGGUUGCGUGUAGUUUUAAAUAUCGUUUGGGCAACAUUUGGGAUUAUUGGCAUCAUUUACAUUGAAUGGGCAGAAUACAAAAACAGAAACGACCUCCUGGACUUUAUAAGUGGACUUCCAAACGCCUCUACAAAUGAAGACAACGCAGAAUGUUCUGUAUGUUACAUUGAAAUGGAUGUUGGGAAGAAACUUCCUUGUGGGCACGUGUUUCACCAUGAUUGCCUCAAGAGAUGGUUUCAGGUGCGAAACGUGUGUCCAUACUGUAACACUGCCGUAGACAUUCCCCGACGAAUGUUCACUACCCAGGGACUUGUAGCAGUCAACCAGAAUCCAGCGGGUAUAGAGCAACAAAGGCAACAACGGAUAUUACAAUUGCAACAGCAAGUGCAACAGAUGCGAAAUGAAGCGCUUCUACGAGAACAUCCCCAAGAACAUUUCCAAUGAAGAUAACAUUUUUCUAAAACAAGAAAACAGGAAUACACAAAAAAUAACUCGCGUGAAUAGGUUUAAAAACUGAUAAGAGUUAUCUUAAAUUUCAUAUUAUAAUAAAGACUUUUGAAAAUUCAUUUAAACAAACAUGUCCAAGAACGGGUAAUUGUGUUCUAUUUGACACAAAUUGAAUUUGAAAGCCAUUUUUACAUUUUUUUUGUGUAUUAUAUAUCUAAAAUAUAUCGUAUCAAAAUUAUAUUAUGAAUAUCCUCAUGUUACACUUUCUGCUAGUUGUUUUUGUUUGUUUUCUAUGAAAUAACUUCUCUUAUCUUACACAUUUAACUGAAAAAAAGUAUCCAAAAGAAAUAACGUGGUGCUUUCGUCUUAGAAUUAAUGACUUGACAUAUUAUAAGAUGUUUCAUAUAUAAAUGCUUGGUAUGAUAUGUGAUUUAAUAUCCAUUUUAAUGUACUUAGUCCUUAUUUGGGCUCUUGUAAUUAAAUCCUUAUCGUUACGUUUAAACUUGUAGUACAGUCGAGCCUCGCUAUGUCGACGUCGGAUACGUCGACUUUUUUUACCGGUUCCGAAUUUAUUCCUUCUUAUUCUAUAUUAAAUAAAUCUGUUUGUGUCGA